GAUUUGACAGAUUUUUGACAUUUGUUUACAAUCACAAAUUUGUUUGUCAUGUAAUAACCACAAAAACGCAAAAAUGAGUGAAAACGUCCGCAACCAUGUCCUACAGCUCAUGAAACAAAAAGACAAAAUCGAGGAUGAAAUCAAACAACUGACGCAGAUUUUAACAUUGAACGGCGUUGGCAUGACGGACCCCCUUGUCGAUGCCGACGAUUUUCCGAUCAACUCAAUCGAUGUUUAUCAAGUCAGACAUGCCCGCCAUCGUAUCAUAUGCCUGCAGAACGACCACAAAGCCAUCAUGAAGAAAAUCGAGAAUGGCUUGCAGGGAUACUACUCCAGCACCAGCGUCGACCAGACAAAUGGCUCUCAAGAUAUCGAAAUGCGCGAUUACGACAGCGCGGCCGUGAUUCACGAGACUCCUUUCGCCAAAAUCACUCUGGUGUCUCCUGGAUCUCCGGCGGAGUUUGCAGGACUAAGCGCGAAUGACCUGAUUGUGGAAUUUGGUUCAAUCAACUCGACAAACUUCAAAAGUCUUGCAGAUGUAGGUACCGUGGUUCAGCAUUCUGAAGGAAGUGAAAUUUUGGUUAAAUUGAAACGAGGUGAACGGUUUGUGACUGCGUUAUUAGUGCCGAAGAAGUGGCAAGGUAGAGGUUUGUUAGGAUGUAAUAUCGAUAUUUUGAAAUAAAGAGUUAUAAGACUAGUUUCAAAA